AAACAUAAUCGCUCUCCUCUGCGUGCGAUAUAGUUGGCCAUAUCAGUGUCCCUUCAGUUGGGGCCUGCCUCGGACGGAUCCCCGCGCAGUCAUGUCCUCCUCCGUUGACGAAGAAGCAACGAUUUCCAUUCCAAGCCUUGCAUUUGUCGCAGUGCUAGGGUAUUUCAUCUACCGAUACUUCUUCUCCUCUGCAAGUUCCGGCGCAGGCGGUAGUUCAACCUCCUCCUCAAGAAGCAAUGGCCUCCGAUUCUCCCCGGCGCAAGUCGAUCAGAUAGCGCAGAUGUUUCCGCAACUGAGUCGCCGCGAUAUCAUAUGGGACUUGCACCGGAAUGGGGGAAGUGUACAGGCUACGACAGAACGAGUGCUAAUGGGCCAGUCACUGGAGCCGGCUCCGCCGUCGUUCCAGCCGCCGUCGACAUAUAUGCCCACAUCGCCCGAUACGACGACCACGUCUGCAGCGGCAGCGUUAAAGUCUCUACCCCCAGACCUGAUCACGCGAUACAACCUGCAAGCCAAGCUAAGCUCGAAGGGAAAGGAGCGAGAGGAAGAAUCGCCGCCACCAGGCUGGGCCAGCAACAAAGAGGCAAGGCAAAAGAUGCUACAAAGGCGGCGAGACGAAAUGAUUCUGGCAGCACGAAAGAAGCUCCAAGAGAGGGAUGCCGAGAACAAACCUCCUCCACCAUCAUGACCGGACCCCAACCCUUAUCAUUUAGUGCUGAAGAGGGUAAUGAGCGAUUCUUUUGCAGGCA